AUGUUGGCGCUACGAGAGCUCUGGACAGGGUUUUGGGCCGAGGUGUCCGAGUUCCAGGCCGUCUACAGCGAGUGCAGGCUGAGGGACCCAGGGGUCCCCCCGGAGCUCCGGAGCACCAUGAACUUCGCCCCCCUCACCUGCGUUUUCCCGGAGCUCGGCGGCAGCUCCAUGGUGCAGCGCAUCCACUCCCCCCACGAGGUGGUUCUGCGCGCGGCGCCGAAGCACGACGCGCAAGCGCAGGAGAUGGAGGGCUGCUUCAGCGUGGAAAGGGACCUGAGGAGCUGCACCGUGCUGACCCUCGCGAGGGAGCGCUCGCCGCGGGAGGGGCUGGCUGCGUGCGCGGAGCUCUCCGCGAAGUACGCGGGGCUGUCGCUCGGCAAGGACGGCGGCAUACAGGUCCACUGCUGCAGGAGGUAUCCCGCGGCGCCGCUCCCCGUGGCGCAGUGCCAGCGCGAGUGCUCCUCGCUGAAGUGCGGCGGCCGCGGCACCGCGAGCCUCUAUCUGGCGGCCGCGGAGGGGGGCUCCCGACGAGGCCGCCCGGCGCAGCGGCCGACGCAGGCGCCCUGGGCCUGCCCGAAGGGGCCGCCGCCCCCAUACGCCGCCUCGUCGACGGCCACCGGCCGCUGCUUCCCGUGCCCCGUGCGCCAAGGCCCGGGCCACAACAGCGCGCUGCGCUGCUCUACGAGGGGAGAGGACGUCAAGUCCUCCCGGACCGUCCUGCGGAUUACUUCAGACCAGGAGCACCGCCUCGUGGACGCGAUGGAGGCGAAGGCCGCGGCCCACGCCGCCCAGGCUGGGCUGGCGGAGCUGGGGGCGGCGUGGUGGGCGUGCGACGAGGCCUCGGUUCAAGACGACAAGCACCGCCGAACUUUCGUCGGCGGUCUGAUGUGCUGGCGGCGGGAGGAUAGGCAGGGGAGCGCCAGGCGUGGAUGCGUGCGCUGGAUCGCGCCGUUCCGCGCCAGCGGCGCUUCCUCGAAGGCCGAGCUUGGCGGGUGGGUGGAGUGCGCGGCCGCGGGCCAGAUCUGCGAGGUCGCCCGCGGCAGCAUGGUGAGGCUGCAGCUCCAGUCUUCGGCGGCCGAUCCGCCGGUCUCCCGCGGCGCGACCAAGGAGGGUGCCGCCGCGCUUGGGGCGACCUUCUGA